CGAGUCUGUAGCAACGCUUAGGUCGAGUUCAGGCGUAGAAACGAGGAAACCUUAGUUUUAUCCAUCGGAAAUAGUACUAAAAACCCAGUACUUGUUAUUUUACUUGUGGUUAAUAGCUGGCGUGUUGAGUAAACCUUUCCGUUUGAAAGUUACUACGGAACGACGUCGAUAAAAUAGCACUAGGAGGACAGAGCUACAUACCGGCAAACAAAGAAACCCUUUCUCAAAGAAAUUACACCUCAACACUCUUUAGUUAUGAGUCAUGUGGCCGUUGAAAAUGUACACGGUCUAGACCAGCAGAUUGCUGUCCUAGACUUGAACUCCGAUGUACAAGGUGGAGGCACUGGCCGGCGUUACAUUCCACCCCAUUUAAGGAACAAGGAGGCUUCCAAAAAUGAUUCAGCUGGAGGAUGGGAUGGUGGCCGUAGCAAUGGAUUUGUAAAUGGCUACCAUGAUGGCCGAGACAACCGCAUGAAUGGAGGCAGCACUUUUGGCAGCCGUGGACCCAUGCGCAAUGAUCGUGGAGGCAGAGGAGGUUACAGAGGCAGGGGCAGUGGCACCUACCAGCCAGGGCAAAACGCAAGCUUUGGCUAUGACAGUAAAGAUGGAGCUGGAUGGAAUGCCCCAAAAGAUAAUGCCUAUAGCAGUUUUGGUGGGCGUUCUGAUAGGGGCAAGUCUUCCUUCUUCAGUGAUCGUGGAUCCUCUUCCAGGGGAAGGUAUGAGCGUGGAGGUUUUAGUGGCGGCGCAAACAGCCGUUGGGCUGAGGAGUCCAGAGAUGAUGAGGACUGGUCCAAACCUCUGCCCCGAAAUGAAAGGCUAGAACACGAGCUGUUCUCUGGAAGCAACACAGGGAUUAACUUUGAGAAAUAUGAUGACAUUCCUGUUGAAGCCACUGGCCACAACAGUCCUCAACACAUUGAGAGUUUCCAUGAUGUGGACAUGGGAGAGAUCAUUAUGGGCAACAUCGCUCUGAGUCGCUACACACGCCCCACUCCAGUCCAGAAACAUGCUAUUCCAAUCAUCAAAUCCAAAAGAGACCUUAUGGCAUGUGCACAGACAGGAUCUGGUAAAACUGCAGCCUUCUUGCUGCCAGUGCUGAGCCAGAUUUACACAGAUGGGCCAGGAGAAGCCCUGCAGGCUGCAAAGAACAGUGCCCAGGAAAAUGGAAGAUAUGGCCGCCGUAAACAGUAUCCCAUUUCGCUGGUUCUGGCUCCCACUAGGGAACUGGCUCUCCAGAUAUAUGAUGAAGCCAGGAAGUUUGCAUAUCGUUCGCGGGUGCGGCCAUGUGUGGUAUAUGGAGGAGCCGAUAUUGGCCAGCAGAUCCGAGACCUGGAGAGGGGCUGCCACUUGCUAGUGGCCACACCUGGCCGUCUAGUAGACAUGAUGGAGAGGGGCAAGAUUGGCUUGGAUUACUGCAAUUACUUAGUCCUAGAUGAGGCUGACAGGAUGUUGGAUAUGGGUUUCGAGCCACAGAUCCGACGUAUUGUGGAGCAGGACACCAUGCCUCCUAAAGGCCUGCGCCAAACCAUGAUGUUCAGUGCCACGUUCCCAAAAGAGAUCCAGAUCCUAGCACGUGACUUCCUGGAUGACUACAUCUUUUUGGCUGUGGGACGUGUGGGUUCCACCUCUGAAAACAUUACCCAGAAGGUGGUCUGGGUUGAGGAAAGUGAUAAGAGAUCCUUCUUGCUCGACCUUCUUAAUGCCACAGUUAUACCAAACGAGGUUCAGGACAGCACUGGGGAAAGCAGGGAAAAACCUGGUAAAGACUCUCUCACUCUGGUAUUUGUGGAAACAAAAAAGGGUGCCGAUGCACUGGAAGACUUCCUAUAUCGUGAGGGCUAUGCUUGCACCAGUAUCCAUGGUGAUCGUUCACAGAGAGACCGUGAGGAAGCACUCCAUCAGUUCCGCUCAGGGAGAUGCCCUAUUCUGGUCGCCACUGCUGUGGCUGCCCGUGGUCUGGACAUUUGCAAUGUGAAGCAUGUCAUUAACUUCGACCUGCCCAGUGACAUUGAAGAAUAUGUCCAUCGAAUUGGUCGUACUGGUCGUGUGGGCAACCUUGGUCUUGCUACCUCGUUUUUCAAUGACAAGAACAGCAACAUUACCAAGGACCUGCUGGACAUUCUGGUUGAGGCUAAACAGGAAGUGCCAUCCUGGCUGGAAAGCCUGGCGUAUGAGCACCAGCAUAAAAGCAGCAACCGUGGACGCUCAAAGAGAUUCUCUGGUGGGUUUGGAGCCAGGGAUUACCGGCAAACCAGCAGCAACAGCAGUAGCGGAGGCUUUGGUAGCCGUGGCAGCCGUAACACAGGGGGACAUGGUGGAAACCGCGGAUUUGGUGGUGGUAAGGGUGGAUUUGGAAAUUUCUACAACAGUGAUGGCUAUGGAGGAAACUACUCUCAGGUGGACUGGUGGGGAAACUAAACCCCUUCCCCACUUUCCAUCUUUCCAAACCCACUCUCCACGAUCAGUGGGUCACCAUGCCAAACUCACUGAAUGGAAACCACAUGUAACUUAGCCAGACUGUAUACCCUGUGUAGCUUUCAAGAACUUGACAGUACAUUACCAGCUGUGAUUCUCUGACCACAUCCCAAAAUGAAGCGUACCGCUGGCUAUAGGAGAUGGGGUCGCCAGGGCAACUGAAGGUUUGUCCACAGAGGAACCAGUCUCCAGACCUGCUCGUCUGUAGAAAAGGAAAAAAAAAUCCAGAAAGUAUACUUCAUUAGAACCUUUUUUUUGACUCCUUUUCCACUACAUCUCAUUGCUUUUUUUGUAGUAAUUGAGAAUCAUUUGUUUGUUAAUGUACUGUGCCUUGAAAUUUUGACUUCUGUUAUUCCUUUUUAAAUGUCAGACUGGCUAAGGCUUGGCCACAGUUAAGAUUUUUAUUGUGUUCCUGCUUGUUUUUCCAAAAUUCUUAUUCAUUUUGAAGGCAAGAAAAUUUAAGCUUGAGCUUAAUCAAACCUUGGCAAACUCUGGGAUGGGAUGCAUGAUCUUGUUCUGAACUUGUAACAGGGUCACCAGGCUGUCCCUCCCUCUAUUGGCUUUCACUCUUGCUUAGCAAACAAAUAUAAUGUGCUGCAAGGGAAUGAACAUAAUGCAAAUGUUAAUCUUGCUCACGCUAUCCUGGAGAGGUACCUCUUAGGGACGUGGUAGUCGCUAAAAAAAAAGAAAUACCAAGCCAUUCCAGUUUAUGAUCUUAAUAUCCAUAGUAAUUUGUGAACUGUGUGUACCUCCGUUCACGCCAGUGUUUGGAUACACAGUGCUUGAACGCUCCCACUCGUGAGUUGUAACAUUUCAGGCAGCUAGUUCAGUACUAAAGACUAGCCAUUUAGUGGAGUGGUGUUAGGUUAUUCAUUCUGUUUUCUUACUUGAACUAUUGUGGAAGUGGCAAUUGGAUUUUUUUCUUUUUUUUUGUUUACUUUUAUCAAGUAGUUCUUUAAUGAAAUGGUGUUCUCAAAGCUACUGCCAUAGUGAAAAGUUCAAAUGGCUACAUUAGGACCACAGUGUCAGAGUGGACUGGCUCUAAAGGCCAGGCCCGUCUCUGCAGUAAUUCGCAUGCUAGUGUUCUUGUUUUUUUGGUCAAGGAGAUUCAGAUUUCUGCAGCAGGCUUUUGUUUUCAUUACGAAGAACGUCAUCCAGAUCUUCAUUAUACUUCUCUCUCUUUUCCCAAGCUGCGUUGAAUUUCGAAAAGACAUCCUUGGGCUUGCACUAGAGACGUGGCUCCCCUUUUUGAGACCCCAGGAGCUUGGGGCAAACUGGGUGCUGGACAAAAUCAGGAAUGAUGUACACAGGAAAAGGAACUGCACAGGGUGAGGCGAAGGCUGACGGGAUUGCAGUUUAGGCAUAACACUUUCUAUUUUUUCCUUUUUUUUUGUUGUAGUGAAUGAGGUUUCCAUGGCGUCCUGGCCAAAGACAGGGUUAGUUUCCCCAUCCCUCUUUUUACUGUUUGUUACGGUAGUUGAGCUGCCGUGUGGUACCAUGGAGACGAGACUGUCGGUCAGUGUAACUGGCAGUGCUCCCCUCUCCCUUUCAAUGGGCGAGGUCUACGGAGGGUGGGACGGAUACUACAUUUAACUGAAGUGCAAUAGAUUUCCUCUCAUGCGUGUUGUGCCUUUGACAUUUAAAGAAGUUUGAGAAAUGGUGAACUGAAGCAGAUGCACUGACAGUAUUGUGGUAACUUGAGAUGAGUGGUGCUAUUUAGGUUUAGGCCCAUGUAUGUUAUGCCCAUCAAGUUUUACAAAAUUCUUUUAUUGCACAGCUAGAGUUUUAUAUAAAUGUCUUGUGUGCGUGUCCUUAAGCUUCCAAAUAAUUGUGUGUGAAGACCUGAGAAAAAAGAAAAAAAGGACGCGCAGCUUGUUUACAAAAGGGGAAGGGUUCUCAAUAUUUAACCAGGAUCGAUUUGGGACCAGGGAGUCAGCAGUGGGGAAUUUAGCUAUUUGCACACAGAUUACUAGAUUCUACUUUUGCUGCUAGUUUGUGUAAUUUAUUGAGCAUUUUUGAGAAAUAUUUAUUUUUAUAAGCCUAAAAGUGAUAGUUUCAAGUAACUUGACCAAAAGACAGUACAAAAACACUGGCACUUGAAUGUUGAAUGUCACCCGUAUGCGUGAAAUUUAUAUAUUUCGGGGUAGUGUGAGCUUUUUAAUGUUUAAGGUCAUUUUGGACUUGUUGAAAUCCAUACCUGUAGUCUCAGCCAAAUAUUUCAAUCACAUACUUAAAUUGGCAGCCAACAUUUGAACGUUAACAACCAUGCCAAGGUUUGGACAAAAGUUAUCAAAACAUUUUUCCUAAAUGCAUAAGUGCAAAGUGUCCAGAUUGUCUUUUCCUUUUUCUGUUGUAAUUUUUUUUUAUUAUUUUAUUUUAUUAUUUUUUUUAUACAAAUCCUUUUUUUUGGUUCGUUUUUGUUUUUGUCCUCCUCCCCCCCUCUCCCCCCUCAGUGAAUGUCUGGCACAUGGCAAUCUUAAGGAAAAACAUGUGGUUAUUCUCUCUUGUUGCAUUUGCAGAAAUUGGGCAUUUGGAAGUGUUGUUCUCUAUCUGGUUUGGUGACCAAUUCCGUUAGUCUUAAUUAACAAGCAGCUGUUGAAUGUCAGUAAGGACAGAAAAAGACAGGCUUUUGAUUCACCAAACCAUGACAAAGAACAUCACCGGAGCCCUUAGAGUUAGAAAUUGCUUUAUGUACUAGUUUAGAAGCUGUGCACUGCACGAGAAAAACGUUUAUUGUAUGAUUUUACCAAAAUAAAGUUUGAAAUGGCAAAUA